AAGAAGAUUAGCACAAUGUCAAAAGUGUUACUUAUAUCUAUAUUCGUGUCAUGUUAUUUGUCGGAGAUCCACUCUCAGCUAAACAUCGUACAUCAGUGGCGUGAACUGGAGUAUGUCUUCCCCAACCAGGAAGCGAAGCAGACCGCUUUAGACAAUGGAUUCUAUCAACCAGGCCCCAUUAACAAUCUGCCUUUAGAUGUUGAUGUGCAUUAUACUAGCAAUACUGAAAAACGUAUUUUUAUUACAAUACCACGAUUCGGACCUGGUCGUCCUAUUACUUUCGGUGUUCUGGACUCCCAGGGUCGGGUACAUGCUUACCCAAACUACACCUGGCAUGAAAACCAGGGAAAUAAUUGUGAUGGACUGUCCUCUGUCUUCAGGGUCACUAUCGAUAGUUGCAACCGGCUGUGGGUCCUGGACGCCGGUAGGGUUGUCAACUCCUUCAAUUGCAAGCCUAAGCUGGUGGCUUUUGACCUGAACACAGAUCAAGUCGUCUUCACUCACCACUUUAGCGAGUCCAGCUACGUUUUCAAUUCUCUUUACAUUACACCUGUGGUGGAUAUACGAAAUGCGAAUUGCACUGGAACAUUCGUGUACGCUGCCGACGUAAAAGGCCACAGUUUGGGCGUGGUUGACGUUGACAAUAACCUCUCCUGGCGCAUCACACAUCGCCUCUUCUAUCCGUCUCCCUCGGCGGGCACUUUUAUUAUUGAUGGAGACAGAUUUGAUUUGAUGGACGGAGUGUUUGGUCUGGCGCUGACGCCUUUAGCAAAUGGCGAUAGGAAACUAUACUUCCACGCACUUUCUUCUGUCACCGAGAACGUAGUGGCUACGAGUAUUAUACGUCACAGGAAAUUUAUAGAAAAUUCGGAAGCUGACGCGGAUGCGAUAGUCCAACUAGGUCCUGGCAGACGUUUAAGCCAGUCAGCAGCUGAAGCUAUGGACAGCAGAGGCAUCUUGUACUACGGCAUUAUGAAUCCCCCUAGCAUUUGGUGCUGGAACUCCAACACCAGCUUCUCUCGAGAGAACUUCCACUACCUUGCUGUAAACCUUGUUACUUUACAGUUUGCCAGUGGUGUCAAAAUUGUCGUCAAUAAGAAGGGUCAGGAAGAACUAUGGGUGACGACAUGUAGCAUCCAAAGGGCGAUGGUAGGGACCAUGAACGCUGAUAAAAUCAACUUCAGGGUCCAAACUGCAGUUCUUAAUGAACUCUUAAUUGGUUCUCCUUGCCUUUUGACUUAUAAAGGAAUUAUCCUACCUAAAGCAAAAAUAGGAAGACUGGUUAAAUUCAUGUGCAGCUGUAGUAAGGCAACAAAAAUGGCAAAAUUCAUAUUUUUGUCAUUAUGCGUAUUCUUCUGCUGUCUCGCUGAGGGGGCUUCUAACCUAAACAUAUACCAGCAAUGGAGUAAAUUGGAGUUCGUGUUCCCCACCGCCCAGGACAAGCAGAAAGCCUUAACUAAUGGGUGGUACGUGGAAGAUGAUAUAGUGAAUCCUAUUGAUGUCGACGUGCAUUAUAAUUCAACCGGCGGUAGGACAGUCUUUAUCACGGUUCCACGAUUUGACACCGGUCGCCCCAUUACCCUGGGCACUGUGGACUCUCAGGGCCGCAUCAAUGCCUACCCUAACUACGCCUGGCACGACAACCAAGGUUCAAACUGUGAUGGGUUCACUUCUGUCUGGCGAACUGCUAUCGAUAAAUGCCAUCGUCUCUGGGCCAUUGACGCAGGCAAGAUCGGUGACAACUGGGUGUGUCCCCCUAAACUGGUGGCUUUCAACCUGACCACUAACGAACUGAUCUUUACGCACCAGUUUAAUGGAUCCAGUUACAUUACUGAUUCACUGUAUAUCACCCCCGCAGUGGACGUGAGAAAUGCCGACUGUUCCAACACUUUCGUGUAUUUGGCUGACGUCACCGCUCGCAGUCUGGGCGUAGUAGAUGUAGACAAGAACGUCUCCUGGCGCAUCACACACCGUCUCUUCCACCCAUAUCCUUCUGCAGGAACUUUCGUUAUUGAUGGAGACAGUUUCGACUUGAUGGAUGGAGUUCUUGGCUUAGCCUUAUCGCCUGUAAAGAAUAAUGAUCGCAAUCUGUACUUCCAUGCACUUGCAUCAGUCAACGAAAAUGUAGUAAAAACAAGUGUCAUACGAAACAGUGCAUUUUUGGAAAAUUCCGAAGCCGAUCCAAAUUCUAUCAACGUAUUGCCUGGUCGCCGUUCAAACCAGUCAGCAGCUGAAGCGAUGGACAGCAAAGGCAUUUUAUACUACGGUUUGAUGAGCCCGCCCAGUCUUUGGUGCUGGAACUCCAACACUGUAUUCUCACAGGAGAACUUCUGGCCCAUUGGCAUAGACCAGGAAACCUUACAGUUUGCUAGUGGCGUCAAAGUCAUCGUCAAUAGCGAUGGUGACGAAGAACUGUGGGUGAUGACGUCGAGCUUCCAAAGGGUGAUGACUGGUACUAUGAGCGCCAAUGAAACCAACUUCCGUAUUCAUUACGGAUCUCUAUCGAAGAUUCUGAAGUUGUCACCUUGUCGUUCUACAAUUAAUAAUCCGAUAAAGAUUAUCACUUGUUAGAAAAUAAUAUGAUUUAUACUAUAUUUCUUCCAACCAGGUCCCUUGGUUUCAACCAUAGUAAGAUACUUACAUAUUGUAAUAUACCCUUAUUAUACCAGCGUUGUUGUGAAAUAAAUGAUAUAGAAUCAAUUUAA